AUGAUAGUUAAUAUACUAAAAAAAAAAAUAUUUAUAUUUUUAAAAAUAGCUGAAAUAUUUUCUUAUAGUAGAUUUAAUAUCGCAUUUAAAACAUUAAACGAUGUAUAUUUAUAUGCGUUAGCAGAAUUCGAAGAAAAUGAAGUUUUAUUAUCUUAAGUAUUGUAAUGUAUAUUAGAAUGUUUGAAUACUUUUUCAAAAAAAUAAGUAAACAAGGAAUUAAUUUUAGAAAAUUUUGAAAGUUUAAUUUUAAUUAUUGAUGAAAUAAUAAAUCAAGGUAUUGUUGUCAAUAUUGAACCAAAUACUAUAAUUGCAAGAUUCAAUAUGGUUGACUGUGAUGAAUUAUUAUAAUCACAAGGUGUAUUAAAGUAAACUAUUUAGAGUUCAAAUGCAGCCUAAGUAAAUAAUGCAGCAAGUGGAGCG